AAAGAGAGAGCAAAAAUGGCAGAAGCUGUCGUCAGCAUUGCUGGAAAGAUCGUUUCUAUUCUCGGUUCUCAAGCAAUAGAAACAGUUGGAAAGUUUUGGGGCGUCAAGCAUGAACUCAAGGAGCUUAGGGACACUGUCUCCAGGCUUCAACCUGUACUAGACCACGCAGAAGAACAAUACCAUCAGACUCUCCAUGUUAGAGUUUGGGUUGAGGAUCUAAAAGACGCUUUCUAUGAGGCACACGACGUCCUUGAAGAAUUCAACAUCGAAGCUAUUCGACGAGAACUGAGGGGCCACAAUGAAAUGAUCAAGGAGGUAAAGACAUUUUUCUCAAGUUCAAACCAGCUUGCUUUUAAAUUGAAGAUGAGUAACAAAGUAAGAGCAGUGAGGGAGAGAAUACAAGCCAUUAAGGCUGAAAAGAAAUUCCACCUGAAUGAGCGCCCCGUGGAUUCACACAUAGAAAGAGAGUGGAGGAAGAGAGAAGAAACGCAUUCUUUUAUACGUGAGGGAGAUAUUAUAGGGAGAGAUGAUGAUAAGAAGAAGGUCAAGGAUUUUUUAAUGGAUUCAAACGUGAAAGAGGAUGUUUCCAUUCUUCCAAUAGUUGGCAUUGGGGGGCUUGGAAAAACAGCUCUUGCUCAGUGUGUGUAUAAUGAUGAGAUGGUUAGCAAACAGUUUAACAUGAAAAUGUGGGUUUGUGUCUCUGAUAACUUUGACAAGAAAAAAAUAGUGAAAGAUAUGAUAGCUUGUGCAAAGAAGAUAGAACCAACCGGGGUUACGAUGGAUCAGUUGCAAAGUGAGCUGAGGGGAGAGAUUGAUGGAAAGAGAUACCUCUUAGUUUUAGAUGAUUGGUGGAAUGAAGAACAAGAAACAUGGUUGAGCUUGAAAACUUUAUUGGUGGGAGGUGCUAGAGGAAGCAAGAUCCUUAUAACUACACGCCUUCCUCUAGUUGCGAAGAUCACUAGCACUACGCCGCAUCAUCUUCUUAGGGGCUUAUCUGAGAGUGCUUCUCUUAAAUUAUUAAUGCAAAUGGCUUGUUGUAAUGAAGAGGAGAAAAAAGAUCCCAACAUGCUAGCUAUUUGUAAAGAUAUUGUUACGAAGUGCUACGGGGUUCCAUUGGUUGUUCGAAUUAUUGGGAGUUUACUUGUUAAGAAAAGUAAGCACGAAUGGUCGCAAUUCAAAGAAAAUGAGCUCCCAGACGUGUCUCAAAGGGAAGACGGCAUAACAUUAAUUCUUAAACUUAGUUAUGACCAUCUUCCCUCACAUUUGAAGCGAUGUUUCGCGUUUUGUUCAUUGUUCCCCAAAGAUUUUGUGAUGGACAAGCGGACUUUGGUCGACCUUUGGAUGGCAGAAGGAUUUAUCCUGCCAUCGAAUAGAAGACAACAUUUAGAAGACAUUGGUCAUGGAUAUUUCAUGGAUCUACUUUGGAGUAACUUCUUCCAAGAUUUUAAACAAGAUCCAGACACGAAAGAGGAGACUUGCAAGAUGCAUGAUUUGAUGCAUGAUCUAGCUUGCAUGGUUGCAGGGACCGAGUAUUGGGUGGCAUGGGAUGACAGAAAAUCCGUUCACGAAAGAACCCGUCAUAUAUCCGUGGGUGACCUUCCAAUCUCACGCCUGAAAGCAUGUCCCCCGAGGACAUUUCUUUCUACUAUGCCACCGCAAAGAAGUGAAGUAGAUCUAUGCCAACUCAUGCAAAGUUUCAAGAGGUUACGCAUCUUGGAUCUACACUGCACAUAUGUCGAGAAGGUGCCAAGGUCCAUUUGUAAGUUGAAGCAUCUCACAUAUCUCAAUCUCUCUCACAAUACAACACUCAAAAGGCUUCCUAACUCCAUUACGAGAUUGCAGAAUUUGCAAACGCUUAAUCUCUCUGGUUGUGAUUCCCUUGAAGAAUUGCCAGAGGGCAUAAGGCGAUUAGUGAGCCUUCGGAAUCUAGACAUAGACGGCUGUAAAAGGCUUAGUUGUGUACCGCGCGGACUGAGGCAAUUGAGUUCUUUGCAUAGGCUAACGCGUUUCAUUUUACCCAAAGAUAAAGCUCUUGCUAAGAAUUAUUGCGAACUCGGGGAGCUAAAUGGGCUUAAUGACAUCCGAGGACGACUUUGCAUUGAAAAUUUAGGAAGCGUGACGGAUGUAGCAGAAUCCACGAUUGCGAACUUGAUAGGGAAGCGUUUUCUAGAAUCUUUGGCACUUAGUCGGGCCAAUUUCGACGCCGAUGACGCGAUAAUCAAGGUUAGAGAUGAGGCUCUAUUAAAUGGAUUGCAGCCGUCCUCAAAUCUAGAGGAGUUGGCGAUCAAGGGAUAUAAAGGUGAGAGGUUUCCAAGGUGGAUGUUGAACAAUAGCCUUGUGUCUUCCUUGCCAAAUUUAGUUGAGUUGCGAUUAUGGAGAUGCACGAGAUGUAAAUGGCUCCCUCAAUUAGGCCAACUACCUCGCCUCCGGACUUUAGAGAUUUAUGGGAUGAGUAAAUUGGAAUUCAUCGAGUCAGACCAUUCAUUCACUUCAACAACGACAUCAUUUCCUAGUCUAUUGAGAUUAGUGAUCCAUGGCUGUGAGAAAUUGAAAGCCAUGCCACGAACUCCACAUCUUAAGGAGUUAAAGCUGAGUAAGGCCAACCUAGCGUUGAUAAAUCAGUUAGUUGGCCUUAACAAGUUGAAGACUCUGGAUAUAAGUUUUAUGUACCGUCUAGAAUGUUUGCCUGAGGAGUGUUUGAAAAGUCUCACCUCACUCGAAUCCCUUCGCAUCGGAUAUUGUCCUAUGUUGACUUCCGUCUCGUCACUCGGAAUGAGACAUCUAUCCAGUCUCGUGGAUCUCUCUAUCUUGAAUUGCGCGGAGUUGGAUUUAUCGAAAGAAGAAAGCGGCAACAUCAUCAUCUUGGAUGGAGGCCUUCUUCACAAUCUCCGCUCCGUGAUAAUCUCGUGCCUUCCAAAACUAAAAUAUCUCCCGCAGUGGCUUCUACAGGCCAGCAAUCUCGAGCGUCUCGAGAUUUCGAUUUGCGACAAAUUGAAGGAAUUACCAGAGCAGAUCGGGGACCUUCAAUCGCUUCAAUGGCUUGACAUCACAAGGUGCCCCUCGCUGACGUCAUUACCCGAAGGAAUACGAAGGCUUGCAUCCCUUACUUACCUAGACAUCCUCGAUUGCCCAGAAUUGAGGAAGAGGUGCAAAAGAGAUGGAGGCGAGGACUGCUUCUUCUUCUUCUUCUUCUCUGAAUGCGACAUCUAUCCAGUCUCGUGGAUCUCUAUAUUUGGGAUUGCGAGGAGCUGGAUUUAUCGAAAGAAGAAAGCGGCAACAUCAUCAUCAUCUUGGAUGGAGGCCUUCUUCACAGUCCCGCAGUGGCUUCUACAGGCCAGCAAUCUCGAGCGUCUCGAGAUUUCGGAUUGCAACAAAUUGAAGGAAUUACCAGAGAAGAUCGGGGACCUUCAAUCACUUCAAGUGCUUGACAUCGGAUGGUGCCCGUCGCUGGCCUCAUUGCCCGAAGGAAUGCGAAGGCUCGCAUCCCUCGCUUACCUAUGCAUCGUGGAUUGCCCAGUAUUGACGAAGAGGUGCAAAAGAGCUGGAGGCGAAGACUGGUACAAGAUUGCUCAUAUCCCCGACAUAUUUGUUCGACAAUGA